AUGAAUUUUAAUAAUUCUAAUGAUAGUAAGACAUUAUUUAGUGCAUGUUUUUUUUGUUUAUUAAUACUAGAAUAUCCUCAAUUUAAAAAAAGUUACACUGACGAUGUUCCUAAAUUAUUAAGUUCUAAACUUCUUAUGGGAUGGGCUUUAUUAGAUGAUUAUUGUAAUAAUCAUUUUGUACCUCUUAUGCGCUCUCCUCAUAAUAAGCUUUUAAAAGAAUGUGUACUAUGUGUAGAAGAACAAGAACAAUAUAACAAUAUGCAAUUAAAUCGUGAAAUGAGAACUAUUGAUAAAUGUUUUGAAAAAAAGGAAAACAAUAAUAAUGAGAAAGAUAAUAUAUCUUCUUUUUCUUGCAAUGACUAUUCUGCUCGAUUAUCUGAGUGGUUACAGAUAUUAGAUCAUGCUUCUAAUAAUAUAUUUUCUUCUCUAAAAAAAUGUUCCGUUGCAAUCAGUUCUGCAAAUGUUGAAUUAGAGUUGCAUUUAAUUUCAAAAAUAAAGCUAUGUGUAGAAACUUUGGAAUCCCUUGAACGAUGUAAAACUUAUUUAAAAAAAUGA